GGUUACGGCUAAGGUCACACCAUGUCAUCUCGUUGUGUUGCAACGAGCUAGUUUUGAAAGUGUUAACGGCGGGUGUGGCUUCACUAUUGUGUUCUUUGCGUGCUUCUGUUUAGCAGCUAACUUCGGUUAUCCGAAGUCUAAACAGUCUUUAUCUUAACGUAUUGAGCAGCUCAAUGUCAGGACGAGGUUAUACGAGCUUUAUUAAAUAUUUAAUUAAGGGAAACGUUACGCCCCCGGUGCUCGUUGCACCACAAAGUCCUACAUUUGGACGUCUUACUGGUUAGCCCCUCAGGUGUCUGACUUAUUUAUUAGGACUGAUAUCAUAACCAGAGUUUUGAGGAUUUACUUGAAGAUCAAUCUGACUUACCUGCUUCCCCCAAGCUGUUAAAGUUAGCGUCAUCGUAAGCAUCCGUCACAUCUCUGGACCUGACAGGAAGUUUAAUUUGAUCAGUUUAGCAGCGCAGCCAUGAGGAGUCUAUGGGGCAAAGCUUUCAUAUUAGGUUCAGUGUCCACAGCUUUCGGCUCGAUGCUGUGGUCACAACAGAAGACUGAACCGGAUCAGGUUGCCUCCAGUUGCCCUUCUUCUGACACAGACCCCAGCUCCCCCUAUGAGUUAAAACUGGUCCAAGUCUUGUUCCGACACGGCGCUCGAACGCCGCUGAGGUCGAUACCUGAUGUGGUGGAGGCCCAGUGGGUGCCAACGCUCUUGGAUCCGCCACCACACACCCACAUCAACUAUGUAGUGACAGAUCUCCACGGUGGCCCCAGACCUCCAGCUUCUGUAGAAGACAGCUAUCGGACAAACUUGCUGACCGGUGGCACGUACCCCGGUCAGCUGACCACAGUGGGCAUGCAGCAGCUGUAUGAGCUGGGCAAGAGGCUAAGGAGGAGAUACAUCGAGGAGAGUAAUUUCCUAAACACCACAUUUAGUCCAGCUGAGGUCUAUGUGCGCUCCACUAACAUUGUGAGGACCAUUGAAUCUGCCAAGUGCCUGAUAGCAGGGCUCUUCCAGCAAAAACAAAAAGAAAUCGUCCCUAUAGUAACAUCGGAGGCAGAAUCCGAAAUCCUGUAUCCAAAUUAUCACGGAUGCAAGCUGCUCAAAACCCUUGGCGGCCACCGCUGGGCAGAGUCGGCCACUCUGCCAGACAUUGCAGCAGACCUGCAGAGCAUCCAGAGCGCAUUGGGGAUCGCUGCUCACCAGCGCGUCGACUUCAUCCUCAUUAGGGAUGACAUGGUUGCCAGAGAGACCCACGGCCUGCCCUGCCCACCAGCACUGGACACCUGGAGGAAUAAAGUGGAACAGAGAGCUGUGGACAUGAUCUGCCACGUUUUUGAACCCAGCAAUAGAGAGAACUUGCAGCUGUCUGUAGGACCCAUCCUGCAUACCCUAGUAGACAACAUUGAGGCAAAACUACAGGGCACCUUAUCCGAGCCAAACAGGAGGCUGUUCUUGUACUCUGUACACGACACCACUCUGAUUCCCUGUCUGAUGGCUCUGGGGAUUUUUGACAUGAGAUGGCCACCGUAUGCCGCCGAUAUCACUGUGGAACUGCACCAAAAGAAGCAGACCAAUGAAACCUUCGUUAAAGUGUCAUACACAGGCCAGGAUCAACUUCUACCAGGGUGCAGUGGAGUCUACUGCCCCCUACAGGAGUUCAAACAGGUCGUUUCAGCCUACUCACUCAGCUCCGAACUCUACCAGUCAAUUUGUGACAGCACAGGAGGCUUGACUGAACCAUGAACCCUCAACAAACCAUCAAGUGAACACAGUGCUACCCAUGAGAUUACACUCUGACAGUAAACACACAUCAUGUUUUUUCUGACGUCCUCACGUCGCACUUCAUCCAGCCAGCAGAAUUCAUUAUACCUCAAUGUUGGACUACACUCAAGUUCAGCCACUUAAGUUUUCAUCAGAUGUUUAAUUUCAUGAUCCGUCAUCUUCCUGUAACCAUGGCAGCCACGGCAAAUUUAGGUAAAUUAAUAGCAAAGGUACAGCAAUAAAGUAUAUGCGCAGAGUGAUUUUGCUUUAUAGUGUAUGCCUGAUAACAAAUACUUGGUGCAUAGGGGUGCAUUUGCAUGCAACACUUCCAUUCUGUGUGGCUUAUUUAUUAAAGCUAAAGUUAAGUUUUUCUUAUUGUCCACAACCCAGACAAAAACACAUCACAAGUACCAUUUUAUUUUUAAGAAAUUAUCUCUUAAAGCAGGUAGAUGCCAGAUUAGGCACUCAAACAGGAAUAAAUGUAGCUGUUGGGGACUAUUUUCAGCUGCGGACUAAUACAACUUUUUGUGAGUUCAGUUGUGGGUGCUACAGGACAAUGUAUGGUAUGUGUGAUUGUGUUAAAAGAAAUGCCUGUUCAUUUUAAUCAAUGGACAUGUCACUCAGUGAAAUGGUGUGGCUUCUGUACUUGUUUUUAAUAAUUUUUAAAUACGGAUGGAGAUCUGUGGUACCAAAGAAAACAUACUAUAUCAGGCAAACACAGAAGACAUUGGAGACUAUAUUUUUAACAUUUGUAAUAUUUUUGAGACUUUGUGCCAAGACAAACAGAAUACUAUCUCCUUUUUUUUCCAUUGCUGCAGCUCAAUCUCUAUGAAAUAUGGAGAUUUUAGAGACUUGACAAUGUGACCUCAACACCUGUACCUGAUUGCUGAUGCAGUUACUCUACCACGUUGGUUGAGCUCACAACCGUAUCUUUCAUAUUCACUCAUCUCAUUACUCAGGGGACUACUAUAGCUUGUAAUGAAUCUGAUGUUUAUUAACAAAGGUGUGCAGAAAGUGGAUUGUUUUAUUAUGUGAAUGUAAAGAUUUGGUUUGCAUUGGUCAGACAUAAAUACAGAUUUUAAUUAAG